AUGCCGUCUGCGCAGGAGAGCCCAACUUCGACAAAGUCACCAGGAAAGAGGCCUCUUGUGAGGAAUCUACCACAUCACCAAAGAAGCAGAAGCUGUGCGAUGAAGCAACAACGCAAAAAUUACUACGAAAGGGACGAUUGGAUAGACCUCACCAUCGCUUUUCCCCUUGCGCAGCUCCCAUUUAGUGGCACAUUCUCUGGCAAGUGCUCACAGGAAUACGUUACGUAUGGUCUGGAGCCAGCUGAAUCACUUUUGGGAGCCGAAGCCGAACGGGCGACGGAACCAUCCGGACGCCUUCCUCACCGAUCUCGAGUCGGCCAAGAAGUAUCUUCGCGACACGGCAUCGACCUCCUACUAUUCCUCGGGGACGGCGGCGAUGCUUCCAGAGGACAAGGGCGGGGUGGUGAAUCCGAAGCUGGUGGUGUAUGGCAACACGAAUCUGCGGGUUGUCGAUGCGAGCAUCUUCCCGUUGAUUUCGCGCGGCAACACGAUGACGACGGUGUAUGCUGUGGCUGA